UUUGCUCUAUUUAUGUACCAGUGAACCUCUUAUGUAGCAAUAGCUCAUCGUUUGGAUCUCGGUAAUGAAAAGUCCUGUUUUGAUUUCAAUGAAUUUUUAUACAAUUUGAAGCUAAUGGUACCUUUUGCUGUCCAUCUUUCUGGUUAUUUAAUAGACUGUCGUUUUAAAUAUUGAUGGAAUCGAAUUGAAUAGCGUCGCUGUGCUUUCAACUGUAGUAACAUUUGAUGAGACUUGACUGUUAGCUACUAAAAUUGUCUCAACAUUUGACACAUUUCAAUUGAAGCUACUCAAUAAUCUGUGAUCAAAGAAAGAGCAAGAUUGUGGAAGACAUUCAACAUUAUUUAGAGCUUACCUUUCAUCAUGAACAACCAGUCAACAAUUCUAAAUUUUAAUCUCAUUUGUGAAUUGAAUAAUUGGAAUGGUGGUUAUUGAAGCAGCAAGUUUAAUAAAUGGGCCUUAAAGAUGUUGACCACGAUGUAAUCAUUUUUCAGUUGACAAACUGAAAUUCAACUGAUUAGCGAUGAAAUAAGGAGACCUACAAGACAAGAAUCAACAAAAGUUGAUGACUUUGCAAUGACCCAUGAUUACUUUGAUUCACAUAAAAGGGCAAACCAUUUGAUUUCGCAAUCUUUGAGCAUUUCUCUAGUUGAUAAUCACAGACCUGCAAUCAUUGGACUUAUAAAAUUCACGAGAUGGCAAAAAUCAUGAUGAUCCAUUUCACUACUAGAUCGAUGGAGAUAAUAAUGAGGAUGGCAAAGAGAUAAAAAGUUAUCUGUUAUUACAAUUGAAAUAAGAAUCUUGAUUAACUUGAAAUGGUUUAAAGCAAGCAAGGAAACAACAACAGUUCAGGAUUAAACCGUUCUUUCAUUGUCAAAGCAAUUCAAUCAGAUGAUAUUACAAUUCAAGUUGGCCUCUAAUGAUAAAUGUUCUAGAUCAUGACAACGCAGCAGUAAAAAGUCACCAAAGUCACUAAGGAUGGGUAAAUGGGCUUGGAAGCGAUCAAGAUUAGCAAUUGUCCCAUUUAAAGAUUCAAUAUCCAAAAUCAAAAGCUUAAUGGACUAAAGCAAAGCACUGGUCAAUCACCAUUCCAAUAUCUUGUGAUUAUUCAAGCCAGUUGAUGACAUUUCCAUUUCGAUUGUGUAUAAUGUGCUACUUCACCUGUUAAAAGUGCUUUCAAAAGGUUGAUUGAUCGGUCAGUUAAUCCAGGAGCCAAACAACAAACCAAUUUGUCCAUACAACAAAACCCCAUAAAACACACAGCAACAAAGCCAAAGAAAAACGAUGGCUUUGGCUUUAAUCUUGAAACUUGCUCAGCUAUCGAAACACUACAUUACAGAAUCUAAACAUUGUUUCUUCUCAUGAUUAGUUACCAGUUGUGAACAAUUGUGAAUCGUGUCCAAAAUAGGAAUAUUGAAAUUUAUAGUUAAACCAACCAUUAGCUUUAUUUUGUCGUUAACCAUCUUCUAUGUGCGUCCAGUGUUUUUAACCUCAUUUAUCAUGUUCCAUGUGAUGUUUCGUGUCCAUUGAUUGAAACUCUAUUUUUUUACACUUCUAAACUUAUCACUUUUAUUGAAUUAACCAAUCAAGACAAUCAUGUCUCGUUCAAUGAGAUCAAAUUCAUCGCCUCCAUCAAUUCAUCACAAUGCAAUGGAUGUUAACCAUAAAAGCUUCUGUUACAUUUUACUUAAAAAUUUAUACCUCAGCGCUUAUUAUCCAGAAGGAUUAUCAUUUUUAGCACUCAUCCUGUUAACUGCCAAAUUAUACGAUGUUAAUAAGGAAGUUACCUUUCUAUCUUAUAUGUCAACCGUUUGGCUACCAAAUAAAAUUGAAGAACCGACAACCUUGCAGGAUAAAAGUCGAUCAUUUCACAUUGAAAAUUUACGCUCCGAUUUUGACAUUCUCAUUGUCGAAUUGUGGUCUUCCCGAACAACCCUCAUUCUGAGUGUUAUUUUUGUCUUGAUUUACAUUUUCAGUUGGGCUUGGAUGGCUUAUGCUGUUCGAGAGACUCGCAAUGUGAAAGAUGUUUCCUUAACAACAGUCUUGUUAUUGGCAGUUUUUGCUGCAGUUGAUAUUGCUGCCAGUUCUGGUUUUGUUAUGGUUCGGAUGAUAAUGCUUUUCAUUCGAGAUCAUCAUUUUCCGAAAGACAUGAGAAUACCUGGUUUGACUGAGCACGAUCAACUAACGGCUUAUGCUGCACUUAGGAUUGCCGUACUUCAAUCUAGUCCAGGUAAUACUGAUAUAUUUGUUUCCGUGAUAAUCGGCUUUCUAACUGGAUUAAGAGUUUACAGUGUGGUCUGUGCUGUAUCAUUUUAUAAUAAAGUACGAAAAGGUGAUUUCAAAUCCAAUCAUCUGGUAGCAACCAAGGAACGAAGUGUAGUUUAUUGCACAGACAAUGCGAGUGAUAGAUAUUCAAGCCAUUUAGAUGAAUUUUUUAAAAAAUCAGCUCCUUACAUGCCCUCUGAAGAUGGACGACGUAAAGAUAGGCAUAAAGAAAGGUCCAAAGAUAGAGGAGAUCGACAUCACUAUUCAACGACAAAUUCAACUGCAGUGACUGAUGUUGAAGUUAUUGAAAAGGAAAUGAAAAUUCAGGCGGCUGAUAUGCCUAUGCACAUGCAACGGAAAGCUCUUCAAAUAGCAUCUCAAGCAGUUGCCAUUUAUGCUACAGAAAAGUUAAUUGCUGAAAGUAUUAAACAAGAUUUUGAUGCAGCUUUUGAACCAACUUGGCACUGUAUUGUUGGUCGUAAUUGGGGAAGCUGUGUAACCCAUUCCAAACAAUGUUACAUUCGUUUAUUGUAUAAAGAUCUCACCAUUUUAUUGUACAAGUCAACUUAAUAGUGAUUAAAUCAAAAUAGACAUUAUUUAAAAAUACAUUUCAAUUGAUAUUGUUUUUCAUUCCUUUUCA